UUGGAAGGUAGCAGGGAGAUCGUUUGGUUACAGAGAAAAACUUGCUCUAGAAGCACCCCGCGGAAAGCGCUGCAGAGAGAAUCGAAAUUAGCUUAUAACUGUCGCGUUUGCGGUAAAUAAUUUUUUUAUUAUUAUUUUAAUGCAAAUAUUUGAAGAUAUCGGAUUGCUGAAGAUUUAUCAACAAGUAUUUGAAAUCAUUACUUUUAUCGGCCGAUAUUUCCUGCCUAAUUAUAUUUCUGUAUAUACAGCUAUGAUUAGGUUAUUUCAGUUAUAAAAGGCAGUUUACAAGAAGAUCAAUAAAAUAAAAAUCGAGAUAUACCAAGAGACUUAAGUGCUUUUGAAUCAUGGCAUCGAUGGCGCUUUACAGCAGCAGUCAACCAGAGAACCUUAUGGGCAGCAGUACCACGUGCUACCUGGUAUCGUCUGCGUCGAACAUUGACAACAGCUCCUUGACAUACAGCUCAACCACAUCCACAGCAACGCAUUCUCCGCCAUCUCUUGUUGGCACACAGCAAAGGAUCGCUCCAAAAUUACCCAUCCACCAACAACAACCACAGCAACAGCACAAAUAUCUCCACCAACAAGACUCUUCAGAGCUAAUGCGUUGCAAAAGACGAAUCCAACUCGGACAGUUGCCAUCUUCUGGUAAGAGCAUGAACCCACAACCAGCAGCAGUGGCCAGGAGGAACGAGAGGGAACGAAACAGGGUCCGGUUGGUCAAUCUCGGGUUUGCAACGCUCCGACAGCACGUCCCCAGCACGACGAAAAACAAGAAGAUGAGCAAAGUGGACACUCUGAAAUCGGCGGUCGAAUAUAUCAAGAGACUGCAGGAGCUUCUAGGGGAAACGGGCGGCCCACAGCCCGGCUCCGUCGACGAGAACUCUUACCCGAUGGGCGGCCAGUCUUCGACGGGUUCUCCGACUCCAAGUCUCUGCUCAGACGCUUCCUCGCCCUACGAAGUGAUCCAUGGAGAAGAGGAAGACGAGCUCAUGGACUUCGCUUCCUGGUUUUGAAUCUUGUCACGAUUGAAAUGAACCACGAACUACCUCAAUAAAAUUUGUUGGAAAAAAAAAUCUUGCCGAGCAAGAUUGCUUGUUAGUAGCUGUCAAGUUUUGAUUCAACUAAAAGUGAAAGACAUUUGAACUUAAAGCUCAAGCUAUGUUUACAGCACUUCAAAGUGAGAGGCGAUUCAAUGCCAUGCUGUUACAAACUUUUGAACUUUUUGAUUUUAAUCAGUGAUGGGUUUUACAGGAAUCAGUUGAUCUGGUUCUGUAAGAAUGAAAGCAGUUGCAAUUUUUCAUGUUGCCAUUCCAAAAUGUGUUUCUUCUAUAUAAUAUAUUUAUAUCAGAUUUAAUGUUUGUACUGAUGUGUUUUAUUUAUUAGAAAAAAAUGUAAAUUGCUUAUUGAUUGAUUGCUUCCAACAUGAUACAUGCAAAGAUUGUUCGUAGUCUUGAUUCAAAUUUUUAAGCAAAAUUAAAUGUUAAGUAUUAAAAUUCAUAAAUGAGAUUGCAGUGUUAACGAAGCAAAUUGUGAUCAGUAGUCGUCCAGUAAGAUUGAAUAGUUGUAUGUUUGAUACACGGUGCCUUGACGAACAAGCCUUCAUUGUAGCAAAUUGUUAAGCACGCUUUGCAUUUUAUUCAAACUUGUAGCUUGUUAGAAAUUUGAAGAAUUGAUGAAGAAUUUUAUGCAUUCCUUAUUCUGUAUUUUUGUGAAGUUAUUGUAAAUAAGAGAGCUAUUUUUUGUAUUUCCUGGUGAAAAUUCAUCAGAUGUUGGAAUCAUAUAUUGUAAUAUUCAUAAUCUCAUAUGGCAAUUUGCACAUUUUUUAAAGUUUUUUUUUUAU